ACAACUCUUCUUUAAUACGGCGUCAUAGUAGCUUUCUUGUCCAAAACUCUGCUUCUUCUCAUCGGAGGGGGCUUCUCUCUCUAUCGGGAACUCUCACGAACACCUCUCCGACGUUCAUGCAAAAUUGUUAUUUGGAGCAAUGGCCUCCUAGCAGUUCUUUACAUGAUAUGUUCAAUAACUUGAAGCAAAGUAGAUGUCCCCAAAAGCAGUUCCUUCAAUGGAAGUUGAAGCUGCUGUCGACAGUGAAGAUGCCAGUUCUAGUCAAGGAACGCAUGGGGAUCUAUGGCCGAUUGAUGAUGUAGAUCCAAAGAGGGCGAGAUUCCCUUGCUGCAUAGUUUGGACUCCUCUUCCAGUUGUUUCUUGGUUGGCUCCUUAUAUUGGCCAUGUCGGAAUUGGCCGUGAGGAUGGAGCAGUUCUUGACUUUGCAGGUUCGAAUUUCGUGAGCGUGGAUAAUUUUGCAUAUGGUGCAAUAGCCAGAUAUCUUCAACUCGACAGAAAGAAGUGUUGCUUUCCUCCCAAUCUCGGCACACACACGUGCGAGAUCUCCUACAGGCAUGCAGAGUGCGGGACUGCAAUCUCAUGGGAUGAUGCGCUGCGUUCAAGCAUGCAGCAUUUCCAGCACAAGUACUACAACCUCUUCACAUGCAACUGCCACUCCUUCGUCGCCAACUGUCUUAACCGCCUCGCAUACGAUGGCUCUCCACGGUGGAAUGUGAUCAAUGUGGCCGCCCUAAUCUUGUGGAGAGGGAGAUGGGUCAACAGAAUGUCGGUCAUCCGAUCGUGCUUGCCCUUCGUCGCGGUAAUGUGCUGCGGGAUUUGGAUGGCUGGUUGGCCUUUCCUCAUCGGGAUGGCUGUAUUCUCCUCUCUUUUGAUUGGUUGGUUUCUUGUUGGAGUAUACUGUGUGAGGGGUUUGAUAUGUUGAUUGCUUCGUUAUUUGACAGUGAAAAACCAGGCUCUACUCUUACGGCUUCUGUAUCUAUUUAUGCUGAUUCAUGAUUUUGAAACAGAGGAAAAGGAUGCUUCUAUUUGACUAUGAGGAAAAGCACAUAAAUUUCAGUUUUUUUUUUGUUUUUUUUC